AUGAUCGCCUCUUUAGUACUUGCACUACUAUUUACCACCGUACUGGGAGGAAGAGCGUCUCACCACCACCCUUACCAUUACCACAAACACACAGAAAACGUCAAAACUAGAGGAUCAUCACAAGAUUUGGAUCCUGAUGCAUCCGUCGGGGGCGGUUUAGGUGUUGGUUACGGUGGAGGUUACGGCAUGGGAUAUGGAAGACCUUUUCUUGGCGGAGGAAUGGGUGGAUUUUCCUUCCCAGGAAUGAUGAUGGGAUACGGAUAUGGCAAUAAUAUGGGAGGCAUGGGAAGUAUGGGGACUGUUGGUGGUAUGGGAGGUGUAGGAACCAUGGGAGGUUUGGGAAGUGUAGGAAUGAUGGGGGGCAUGGGAGGUAUGGGAAAUGCUGGUGUUAGUAUGGGAAGUGUAGGAGGAGGGAUGGUAAGGAGUACGGGAAGUGUAGGAGGAAGUAUGACAAGUGUAGGAAGUGUGGGAGGUGGUAUGGGAGGAACGGGAAUGAUGGCAAGUGGAUUUGGAGGCGGGAUUGGAAUUGGAUCAGGAAUUGGAAUGAUAGGAUAG